UGUCAAAGUGCAGCAGAACAGGAAUAAUCUUAUCGCUGUGACUGACGUACUCAACCCUGAGCUCUAGACCAGGACGCGUGCGGCUGUGACGGCUCCAAGAGUCACACUUUGAUGAGAAUGAACCUCACAGCUGAGAGCCACUCCGUUCCUCUAAGUGAUGGGAACAGCAUACCCUUGAUGGGACUGGGGACAUAUGGAGACCCUCGCACGACGCCUAAAGGAACUGCAUAUGAAUCCGUUAAAGUGGCCAUUGACAUCGGGUACCGGCACUUCGAUGGGGCUUUGGUCUAUUUCAACGAACAUGAGGUGGGACAAGCGAUAAGGGACAAAAUUGCAGAUGGAACCGUGAAGAGAGAAGACAUCUUCUACUGUGGGAAGUUGUGGAACACAUUCCAUCCUCCUGAAUUAGUGCGACCUGCACUUGAGCGAACAUUGAAGACGUUACAGCUGGACUAUGUUGACCUCUAUAUAGUGGAAAUGCCGACUGCCUUCAAGCCAGGGGAGACAUUCUACCCCAAAGAUGACAGUGGGAAAUAUAUCUAUCAUGAGACUGACCUCUGUGCAACAUGGGAGGCUUUGGAGGCUUGCAAAGACGCCGGGCUUGUGAAAUCUCUUGGAGUAUCCAACUAUAACAAGCGACAGCUGGAGCUGAUAAUGAACAAACCUGGGCUGAAGCACAAACCAGUCUCGAACCAGGUUGAAUGCCAUCCCUAUUUCACUCAGCCAAAGUUGCUUGAAUACUGCCGUGAGAAGGAUAUUGUCAUUGUGGGAUACAGCCCCUUGGGGACAUCCAGAGAUUCAUCCUGGGUGAACCUUAAAUGCCCGCCGCUGUUGGAAGAUGAGCUGCUGGUAUCGGUUGCCAAAAAGUACAACAAGACCACAGCCCAGGUGGCCCUGAGAUUCAACGCGCAGAGAGGAGUGGUGGUCAUCCCGAAGAGCUUCAACGCCGCUCGCAUCAAGGAGAACUUCCAGAUAUUUGACUUCUCUCUGACGGAGGCGGAGAUGAAGGCGAUUGAGGGGUUGAACAAGGAUAUCCGUUUCGUGGAGCUCCUCAUGUGGGCAGAUCAUCCAGAGUAUCCGUUCCAUGAUGAAUACUAGACACCACCGAUUUCAAGCUGGUUCAGUUCAUCAGGGGGGAUUUUCUCUCUCGUCUCAUGUUGUAUCUCUUUUUGUAACUGUCCACCUAUUUCUAUACACUGUACUAUUACAAAUGUAUUUGGUAAAUCUCCAUUCUGUGUUCUGCCUCAGUGUGUAGAGUAACACCUGUUACCCGCCACCCAUCUUUGUUACUGUGUAAAACCUGCCCAUUAAAAAGAUUUUUAAGCAAA